CCGGCUCGGAGGCGUGUCAUCAUGAGGAGAAGCGAGGUGUUGGCUGGGGAGUCCAUCCAAUGCCUGCAGGAGGCCCUGGCUCGGCUCCGGGAUAUCUGGGAGCUCAUUGGGAUUCCGGAGGAGCAGCGCUUCCAGCGGACCGAGGUGGUCAAGCACCAUGUCAAGAACCUCUUGGACAAGAUGAUCGCGGAGGAGGAGAAUCUUCGGGAAAGGCUGCUCAAGAGCAUCGCCGUGUGCCGGGAGGAGCUCAGCACCCUGUGUCAGGAGCUAGCCCUGGAGUCCAACCAGGAGGAAGGGGAGAGGACCAUCCUGCAGCUCGAGAAAGAGCUGCGCACACAGGUGGAGCUGAUGCGCAGGAAGAAGAAGGAGCGAAAGCAGGAGCUGAGGGACCUGCAGGUCCAGGAGCAGGAGCUGUGUGAUGUGCUGUGCCUGCCGCCCUCCGACAUCGACGCCGCUGCGGUCCCCAGCCUCGAGCAGCUGAGCCAGUUCCGGCAGCACUUGGCCACUUUGAGGGAGACCAAGGCUUCGCGCCGGGAGGAAUUUGUCAACAUCAAGCGGCAGAUCAUCCUGUGUAUGGAGGAGCUGGACCAUGACCCUGACACCAGCUGCGAGCGAGAACUGAUAAUCGAAGACGAGGACGCCUUCUGCCUGUCCCUCGAGAAUAUCGCCACCCUGCGGAAGCUGCUGCAGCGGCUGGAGAAGCGCAGGUUGCAGAACAAAGCGGCAUGUGAGGCUUUGCGGGCUCGCCUCACCGAACUCUGGGACAGGCUGCAGGUACCUGCCGAAGAGAGGGAAGCAGUGACCGCAGAAACCGUGGGGACCAAGGCCAAGGUCCAGAAAGCGCUGCAACUGGAAGUGGAUCGGCUGGAGAAACUACAAAGGGAAAAUCUGAAGAAGGUGAUUGAGGGCAUCCGCGUGGAGCUGGCCCAGUACUGGGACUGCUGCUUCUACGGCGAGGAGCAGAGACGAGCCUUUGCGCCCUACUACCAAGAGGACUAUACAGAAGAUCUGCUCCAGCUCCAUGACCUCGAGGUCGGGCGACUGAAAGCCUACUACGACAGUCACAGGGAGCUCUUUGACGGAGUGAAGAAGUGGGAGGAGACCUGGCAGGCUUUCCAGGAUUUGGAGAACAAAGCCUCUGACCCCAGUCGAUUUACAAACCGUGGAGGAACUCUUCUAAAAGAAGAAAAGCAAAGAGCAAAGCUGCAGAAAACUCUCCCUAAGCUGGAAGAGGAGCUCAAGGUCCAGAUUGAGCUGUGGGAGCAGCAACAUGAGAGAGAGUUUGUGGUCAAGGGCCAGCAGUUUGUGAGCUACGUGGCAGAGCAGUGGGAACUCUACCGCCUGGAAAAAGAGCGAGCCAAACAGGAAAGACAACUGAAGAAUAAACUGGAAGGCAAUACUCCCAGGACACCCAGCAAGCGGCGGGGCCAGAUCCCAACCACCCCCGGCAAGGUGCGCAAGCUGAAUGCCACCACCCUGUCCGGUGUUGCGGGCACCGUGCUCCACUCCCCGGCGUUGCGGAUGCCACCUUCGGGCAGGAAGCCGCUCUCAAACAGCUGCUCAGGGAAGAAGACCCCCCAUUCUUCCAGGCGUGAUGCAGGCAAGGAGAAUAUGGAGCCCCACGGCAGCCCGCUGAGCGGUGGGUACCCCGCCUUGGCCCCCUUCCGGCGCAACUUCAGCAGUAAUUCUGUUGCCAGCACCUAUUCUGAGUUUGCGCGAGAGCUCUACAAGGCUGCCAGUUCUGAUGCCGCUUCUCGGAUUCUCAAUUCCACCACCAUUCUCACCCCGGGGAGCUCUGAACCCCACGAAACCCUGGUCUUCUCUUCCAGGUGCUUGUAGCUAGCCAACUUUUGCCUAAGGCCUCCGCAUGGCCAAGAACUUUGUCCAGAGUCUUGUCUCUGGGUGCAGACCCGACUAGAUUUUGCACAUCAACACUGGGGCACCCCCCCCCCCAACACAUCUGUCACUACUGCGCCCCACCCUCCCCCAUGCACUAGUAUUUAUUCAGACCAGACCGGCGGUCAGUACAAAAUGGUUCUCUGCGCUUACCGGAGACAGCUGCUGUAUUGCUGUCUGUAUAUUGUUAAAGUAUAAAUAGAAUUGUUUUAAAGAUGUAUAGUUAAUAAAAUGUGUAGCGUUUGCUU